ACCAUCUACUAAGGCAGAAUCAAUUACUCAUCACUUUUUAACAUCUCAAGACACAAAAACUUCAUAAAAACUUUAACAGAUAGCAUGUCACUACCUACUAAUACAAAAUUAUUUGCACAGCAUUUAUCAACAUCUGAACCUCUGGAAGCUUCGUUCAGACAAACAGUUAAUGUCUCUCCAAGUACAUCCCCAAAAUCAACAGCUGAAUUUCCAGAAACUACACAAAAAGUUACAGUGUCACCAUCUGCUUUUUCAGAAACAUCUAGAUAUUACUCCUCAACAUCUGAAACUCUAGAAACGUCAUCAACGAACUCAGUCAAAGAUUCAGUACAUACUUUAUUAGAAUUAUCUACAGAAAAUUUAACAUCUUCUCCGCAUCACUUGUUAAUGUCUGAAAAUUCAUCAACACCAUCAGUUACAACAUCACAAGCUAUGUCGCCAGAACCAUCAUCAGUUGACUUCUUGACAUAUGAAAUACAUGAAACUUCAAAAAUGUCAUCAACACCAUUGAUUACAACAUCAUCUAUGUCACAAGAAUCACCUCCAGAUCACUCAUCAAAAUAUGAAUCAGCUAAAACUGUAUCAACACCUUCUAUUUCCUCAGAAGCAUCUACAAAUCAUUCAACAAGUAAAUCUACAGACACAUCAACAAAAUCAACUGUUACAUUACCCUCUUCUUUCACUAAAUUAUUUACACAUCACUUCUCAAAAUCUGAAGUCACAAAAACUUCAUCAAUUCAAACAGAUAGCUUGUCACAACCUACUAAAUCAGAACCAUUUACAGAUAAUUUUUCAGCAUCAGAGUCACAAACAGUAACAAACAGUUAA